AAGACGAGGUCUCCCAAAAAAAGGAAACGUAAAGACCCAAAUGAGCCUCAAAAGCCAGUUUCAGCUUACUCUUUGUUCUUUAGGAACGCCCAGGCAGCCAUCAAGACACAGAACCCCAGCGCCACGUUCGGUGACGUCUCGAAGAUUGUUGCCUCCAUGUGGGACGGUCUGGAUGAUGACAUCAAAAACUAUUACAAGCGUCAAAUGGAGAUGGCUAAGAAAGAAUAUCUGAAGCAACUUGCCAUCUACCGAUCCACCCUGGCCGCUAAGGUU